ACUUUCCUACUUUUUAUAACAAUAUAUGUCUUGCUCCUUCAAGAAUUGAUCACAUAUUCUGUUCGACAGGUCUAACAACUGAUCUACAAGAGGCAACUACAAUCGACAUAGACUAUAACCUAUCUGACCAUGCAAUAGCUACAACUUCCUUUUUUAUCCCAGAAAUUGUAUCAUCAACAUCUAGGACCCCUGUUAAAAAGGUCUUCUUUCAAUAUGACAAUAUGUUAAAUGAUGAUUGGUCAGCUUUUGCUCACAAAACUGAUACUCUUCUUACCUCAUGUCAACUGGCUACCUUGGAAAAGCAUAAGUUAAAAUCUAAAUAA